UACCUAAAGAUGACACAAAAGGACAAGUCAUAUCAAUUAUUAAAGCUUCGAUCCAAAUAUACAAAAAUCCAAUGCAAAUUCAAAAAUGGCAAAUCUUAUCAAUCAAAUUAAUAGCAAUGGAUAGCUUAACUCUGCUCACCACAUUUUGGUUUAUCCUCCUCUAUGAUAACACCAUAAAUUAAAUUGAAUUUCAGGGAAGAAAGUGUCAAAUAAUACUGCAGUGCAGAUGGCCAUUGAUCAGGCCAGGGGAAUUCACUUCCAAGGGGAAAUAAUUAUGGAGAUCCUCAGCAGGUUAUCCGUGCGGUCUCUUCAAUGAUUCAAAUGUGUUUCACCAGUUUGGAAGGCAUUAAUCUCUGAUCAUUUCUUUAAGAUGAAGCAUCUCAAUCGUGCCAAGAAUGACCUAAAUUCCCAAAUUCUUGCUGCCCAACACCCCGCGAAAUCGAAUUAUGCGGUUAAAUUCUCUUGUUUCUCUUUAUCGUCGGUUCAAGUGGUUGAGGAUGAACAAAGACUUGAUUGCCCUUCAAACUGCAAACCAGCUUGCACGAUAUGUUGUUGUUGUGAUGGAUUGGUUCUUCUCUCAACGUGUGAUAGACUUGAUAGGCACCUUCUGCUCUGGAUCCCCUCCACAAGAGAAUCAAUAGUACUUCCCUAUCCAGGAUAUUACCUGGGCGAUUGGGUAUAUGGAUUGGGAUACAACGCAACUAGUGAUGACUAUAAGAUCCUAGCGGUUGACCUGAAUAGAGAUUAUUCUGAGAAUGUAUCCGCUGAAAUUCUUGCGCUAAUACGUGGUUCCUGGAGAAAAAUUGGUGAUUAUCCUACUGGCAUUGGCUGUGCGGUGGGUUAUUUAAAUUGUGGUAUGGAUUCUUUGGCAUUUAUACAUGGAGCAUUUCAUUGGCUUGGUAAGUCAGCAUAUUAUAUUAUCGUUUCAUUUAAUAUUUCAAAUGAGGUGUACGGAGAAAUACCAUUGCUAGAGCGUAUGUGCAAUAUAUUCGACUUAAGGCUCGACCAUGGUGUUUCAGUGUUGAGAGGAAUGCUUUGCUAUUAUUCUACGUCUCCUAAAUUAUAUCAUCAAGGCACUUUUAAGUUGUGGGUAAUGAAAGACUAUGGUGUCAAGGAAUCUUGGACUCAAUUGCUUACAAUACAAGAUGCUAAUUAUAUUCGUUUAGCCAAACCAAAAUAUAUGUUUGCGGAUGGUGAAGUGCUACUACGCUGCCUACCACCAUUACGUAUUACUUCUCUAUAUUGGACAUCCAAAAGAGGACCAUUUGAACUUUGGCCUGAACCUGUCCUUAGUCAAGGAAUUGUUUAUACAGAGAGCUUGAUCUCUCCAAAAUUACUUAUUUAAU